CUUUCAUGCUCUGUGUUUGGAAGGCAGAUAAAAUGCAAGGUCUGGGUUGCCUCUAGGGAUAACCUUCCUUUCUAUGAUGUGAAUGAAUAGCAUCUUGGCUGGGGGGAAAUCCAGAGGAGGAAUUGACAAGGCAGGCUGGAGCUGCUCUGUCUACUGUCUAGGCCUUUCCCUGCGUUUUAAAUCCCAGCUGUGGCUUUUGUAGGGGAUUCACUUUUGCACUGAGAAAGGGGUGCUUUGGAUUAUCAGACCUCCAUGUAUGACAAUUUGUACCUGCAUGGAUUUGAAGACUCUGAGGCGGGAUCAGCAGAUUCGUACACAAGCAGACCAUCAGAUUCUGAUGUAUCUCUGGAAGAGGACAGGGAAGCAAUCCGUCAGGAAAGAGAACAGCAGGCGGCUAUUCAGCUUGAAAGAGCAAAGUCAAAGCCUGUAGCGUUUGCUGUUAAGACUAAUGUGAGCUACUGUGGAGCACUGGAUGAAGAUGUUCCUGUACCAAGCACUGCCAUCUCUUUUGAUGCUAAGGAUUUUCUACACAUUAAAGAGAAAUAUAACAAUGACUGGUGGAUAGGAAGAUUAGUUAAAGAAGGCUGCGAGAUUGGCUUCAUUCCAAGUCCACUUAGGCUAGAAAACAUCAGGAUCCAGCAGGAGCAGAAGAGAGGGCGUUUCCAUGGAGGGAAAUCAAGUGGGAAUUCUUCUUCAAGUCUUGGAGAAAUGGUGUCUGGUACUUUUCGAGCUACACCCACUUCCACUGCAAAACAGAAACAGAAAGUGACGGAACACAUCCCACCCUACGAUGUAGUACCAUCCAUGAGGCCUGUUGUGCUAGUUGGCCCCUCGCUAAAAGGCUAUGAGGUGACAGACAUGAUGCAGAAAGCCCUGUUUGACUUCCUGAAGCACAGGUUUGAUGGGAGGAUAUCAAUAACUAGAGUGACAGCUGACAUUUCUCUUGCUAAGAGGUCUGUUCUAAAUAAUCCAAGCAAGAGGGCAAUAAUUGAGCGGUCAAACACCAGGUCCAGUUUAGCGGAAGUGCAGAGUGAAAUUGAGCGUAUUUUCGAAUUGGCAAGAUCCUUACAGCUGGUUGUUCUAGAUGCAGAUACAAUCAACCACCCAGCACAACUUAUUAAAACAUCCUUAGCACCGAUUAUUGUCCAUGUUAAAGUGUCAUCUCCAAAGGUCCUGCAGCGACUGAUCAAAUCAAGAGGAAAGUCACAAAGCAAACACCUGAAUGUCCAGUUGGUUGCAGCAGAUAAACUUGCACAAUGUCCUCCAGAAAUGUUCGAUGUCAUUCUGGAUGAAAAUCAGCUUGAAGAUGCUUGUGAACACUUGGCAGAAUAUCUUGAGGCCUACUGGCGUGCCACACACACCACGAGUAGCACACCCAUGACACCUUUGCUUGGAAGAAACCUAGGCUCUACUGCACUAUCCCCUUACCCUACUGCAAUCUCUGGAUUACAGAGCCAACGAAUGAGGCAUAGCAAUCAUUCUACUGAGAACUCUCCAAUUGAACGACGGAGCCUAAUGACCUCUGAUGAAAACUACCACAACGAAAGAGCUCGGAAGAGCAGGAACCGCUUGUCUUCCAGUUCCCAACACAGCCGAGAUCAUUACCCGCUUGUGGAAGAAGAGUACUCCGACUCAUACCAGGACUCCUACAAACCUCACAGAAACAGAGGGUCUCCUGGAGGAUACAGCCAUGAUUCCCGACAUAGGCUUUGAAUACAAGAACCUGGGGGGAAAUGGUACUCGUCCAUUGCCAACUUGCCAUAACAUAGCUAGGCCAGACGAAUCAACUUGAUUCGGCAGUUGCGGCAUGGUUUUUACUAUGCUUACGGGCCGCCGCCGUUUAAUGCUAUAUAAAAAGGGGUGAAACAUACAGAUCAUGCCUUUCAUAUGUUUAGGAAGAAGUUAGUUUGCCCAGUCACUUUAGAUGUGUUUUAUUUCCAGUGUAGAGAUUUGAUUUUUCGAAUCAGUAUCUUUUCUCUUCAUUAGACACUAUUAGACACAUCAGUUUGUAAUUUAGGAUUACCUGUUGAAGCGCAUAUAAAAUGAUUUCCUGCACUGGAAAUUCCAAAUGACCAGUUCCAGUUGGAACCAAUUUAUAAAACCAAUUCCUGUUGGAAUUUGGGCGAAAUUGACUGGAAAGUCAGCCUGAGCAUGUUGCGGUCAGUUUAAAAAUAGAAUUAAAAUAAUGAAGAAUAAUGAAACCGUUAUAAGCAAAAUAAAUAAAUAAAUAAAUGCUAUAGAACUCGUUUAUCGGAAGGUGAAUUUAUAUGGAUAGAUAAAUAAGGGUAAAAAUAAAACAAUUUUAAUGUAUUUAUUUCAGAUUAUCCAAAUGUAAGCAGUCAAUAGUGCCAAAAACGAUGAGCGAAUGCAGCAGUUAGACUACUUUCCAGUUUAAAGUGAUCUGUAUGGGAUGAGUUUGCUUUUUUUGCAUUUUGCUAAUGACAAUAUAAAACUAUUUCAGGAACUUUAAAUAAACUAGGAGUGAAGACGCAUAACCAUUUUUAAUGUGGUGGUGGUGGUGGACAUGGGCACACAUUCACUGUCCUGAAAACAUGCUCCUUUAAUCCCAAUCACACUUUCAAAGUGUGUGAAGUGGAUGUGUGGGAUUUUGCUAGCUGGCCCUGCCUCGGCUAUCACAUGCUCAGCAUAAGGUGUGGCUGUUUUGCUGAAGGCUCUUCUGGUGCGAUCCAAGUCCCUAAUUGCAUGUACAGUUUUACAUGUGUAGAGCCCUGAUACCCUCCUCCAUGCACCCAGGUCUCGUGAAGGUGUGAACAGAGCUUGUUCACUUGUUGGAAGAUGUGAACACUUUUGAGAAUUUGGUUAUUGUUCGUUUCGUUGGCUAUAACAAUGCUUAAGCACUACUAAUGAUCUGUAUCAGGCACAAAGCUCAUACCCACCUUAAUGUUCUACUUGGGUCAACAACAAAUUGGCCUUGCACUCCCGGGGAGGAAAAAGAAGAUGCAUUCAUACUAGGGCUUAAACGUGUGUAUUAAUAUAUCCAGAAGAACUAUGGUGUCAUCAUUUUUCCUACCAAAGAUUUAAGAGCAUAUUGCUCAGUGAUUUGUCAACAGACCAUAAGUAUCAGGGCGGUUUUGCACAAAAAAAAAUGAAUGAAGAUAAUUCCAACUGAAGCACUUCAGGAGCGGUGCUUUAAUGAGGACGCCCCUAAAAUUUGAGGACUUGUUGUUCUCAGGCGCUUUCUGGAGAAUGACAAACAAUUUUCUAUAUUGUGUUAUAAAAUAUGACAUUUGAAGCUAUUUUUUCCUGGUCUGAAUGCAUCACCUCUCACAUACAGCAAAAAAUACUUCAUCGAAAACCCCAUGUCAUACCUUACAGUCUUCCAUCUUGAUCCAGAUUCCAUUUGUGCUGCAGUACAUAUGCAGAGUUUCUCCUUGUGUUUGGUUCUCCUUAUGCAUUUAAGUGUAAAACGAAGCUCUGCACACACACACGCACGCACACACGCACACACACAUGUCCUUUGUGUGUACAGGGCUGGUUCUUCAUUGAAAUGAGUGGGGGCACCCAUACAUGUAGAAGCUCUAUAGAUUAAUCACUCUAUGAAUGACCAAAAAUCAUAGCAUCCACAAAGAAGGUUGGCCAAAGACAUUUUGCUGAGGCAAAGAACAGGAUGGUUCCUCCCAGCUGAGUGGGCACUGGCAACGUGACAGUAUCCUCUACUGCUAGUUUAGGGGGUGCAUGACUGGUAAUUUGGCGCACAUAAUUCUGAUCCCCCAGGGAGCUGAGGGAGAAUGUUCAAGGGCACCUCCAUCCCACAGUAUCUGGUGCCAGAUGCAGGUGCCUCACUCUGCCUAACAAUAGCAUGUGCUCUACAACUUUGGAUAUUUAUAAUAGGGCAAUGGAAAUGUUUAUGUUCUCCAAAUCUUUUAACAAUGUAAAAGUAACCAUUGGAAUGCGGCAGUAUGGAAUACAUUAAAAACCAAAAUUUUAGGACUUUUCCAGACAGUUUUAAAAGGGGGGGCGGUAUUCUGAGUGUAAUAUUUGUGGUUCUUCUAAUCUCAGCUCCAUACAAGGAAAGCUGCUGAGGAGUAGCUGUUUACCUCCCUUUUUAAGAGAGAUGUGUGCUGCAGCACUAGAGACAGGAAGCACACACAAACUCGAAAAGAAAAGAGGGGCACUAAAGGUACAAGAAGUAGUGAGAAUUUGCUGUAGGAUAGGGUGGCUAACCAUAGCCCUCCGGAUGUUGAACUACAACUCCCAUCAUCCUUGGCCAUUGACCAUGCUGUCUGGGGCUGAUGGGAUUUGCAUUGCAGUUCAGCAACAUCUGGAGCAGCCCUGGUUAGCCAUGUGGCACUGAUGUAGUGGAAAUGGUACAAAAUCAAGAGGCUCUAGGGAAGAAUCGGGUGGUUACUAUGUCUGUGCAAAGUUGAGUUUCUAGGACUAAGCUGAAAUAAUUCCCAAGAGCUUCUUACUCGCUAGGGAUAAUUCUUCAGGAGUAACUAAAUAGAAAAUAAUGUACAUGCCUGAUUCCUAGACUGAAAUGUGAAUUGUGUGUGUGUGUUUAAAUUAUAUAUACAGUAUAGAAUUUAUAAAAUCAGUCUCAAAGAGCCAUAUGAUUAUUGAAACUACUAGCUAUUGUGACAGAGUUCACUGUUGGUAUUGCACAAAGCUACCAGUGAGCUUGUUCUCUGGCUGGAAUGUGUCUGUUUUUGUAUGAACUGGAGCUUCUACAUGAGUGGUGCAUCUGUGGAGACUUCAGAUGCCAUAAUAAUGAUAGUGGCACUCCUCUACAUAAACUGAAUCUAUGGAUUAGUGCAAAUAACCUUUCAAUCCAAAGUUUAAAACACCAAACUAUGUUACGAAAACUGUUAAAAGUUAAAAGUAUAUCCCAUUGAAUAUAUAUGAAUUUAGAUCAAUUCUCUUUAAUUCACUACAAUAUUAUAUAAUCCCUAGCACAGAUAAGGCAUGUAUAAGAAACGUUAGUUCUGAAAGGAAUCACCUAGACUUAGAAUGUACCGUGCAUUUUUCUGGCUUAGUCCUGGAAGCUUGAAGUUGAACCUCCCUUGGUUUUAACUCAUUGCUCUUCCUUGAGGGAAGCUUUGCACAAACAUACUUUUUAAAGGCCACUUUAGGCUGCAAUCCUGAACACACUAGGACGAAAGCCCUACCCAACACAGUGGAGUACAGUACACUUCUGAGUACAGUAUACAUGUUGUUUUGAUUGAGGUGUUAAAGAGGAAGCUCGGGACCUCCAGAAAAGAGAGUAACUUAGAAAAUUUAAACUUUCUUAAAAAUCCAUGAAAUGAUGGAAAUCUGGAAGAUGGAGAAGUUGUUAUUUAUUACUACUCCUGUUAAAGACUCUGUCCAGUUUGUGCCACUGAAACUUGUUCUGCCACAUUCUAUACUGCACUUGGUAUCGUAAUUGAUGGGCUAGCUGGGGGAAGAAUCUUGUUUUUGCCUGCAACAAAACACUGUGCUUUGAGUGCAAGGAAAAUGAGAUAUGCCAACAGCUGAAGUGGUUUUGUUAAGAAAAAAUAUCAGGAUACCCUGAAGGAAAUGAGUAGCUGUGCAGUUGCUGCACAAAAGAGUAUUGUCUGGAAAUGCCCUUUGGGAAAUAGGUGUUUAUUGAUAGUGUGAUUAUUUCUAACUGGCUGGAGGGAAACAUGGAUUUUUAUGGGUCUGGACUGUAGGCAAACUUGAAAGUUUUCCUCAUCAAAAUGACCUUUUUCAGCAGUCUUGCUACAAACCUAGGAAGUGUGCCUAUACUUUUCACUAUAAAAUUAUAUAACUGGUGAUUUCAAUACUUCAGAUAUUUUGCUGCCUUGUAUCAAAUGAACACUUGUUUUCAUUUUCUGGUUUAUUUGCUUUUUAAAAUGGCACUUUUCUUGCUGUCAGACCUAUGUCUUACAAUGGCAUACAUGCCUUUUACCCAGUAUAAGUAAAUUAGCUUUGUUAUAAAGAUUUAUCGUUUUACAUUCUGGAAUUUUAAAAACAGGACUCCUUGCGUUAGUACGUUCAGUGUUCUCAAACCUAGAAAAACAACUUAAAAAUGGCCACAUACCAAAAUGCUGAGAUGUGCAUGAUAAUUUUCUCUGUGCAUAUGUCUCCUUCACUCAUCCCUUUAUAGCAGUUUAAACCUGAAACCCUCCAAUUAAUCACAGUUUCCCAUUUCAUCUGAACUGCAGAAACUGUGGUUACCAGGUUAUGAACAAGCCAGGAUCUUAAGACACUUCCAAACCCUGUGUUUCCUGGCUUGUUCCAAACCUCCUAACCAGGUUUUCCUGGGUCAGACAAAACAGGAAACACUGAUUAGUUGGACACAUCCAUGUCUAAUUGCUGCAAAGGAUAGAGAAAAGGGAAAAAGCCUUGUACAUCUCUCAGCUCUAAUAACCUGAAACACGCCAAUUUAUUGUCAUUCUGUCACCUUCUGGUCACAAUUAUCCUGCUGAUCAGAACCGUAAAACUGUCCAACUUCUAAAUUUCAACUAUGCUCACCAGCUUUUAAACCACUGGAAGAAUCUCAAGCCUGAGCAAAAUAUUAGUUGAAUUAUAUUAGUACCAACUUGGAUAGAAACUAGUGCAUGGUAGCAUUGUGUAAUAUUUGUACAUUUUAAAUAUGGAGGACAAUUUGAAAGCGUCAUUUCUUCUACAGUUCCUCUUGGCUCUGAGCUUUCCCUUUCAGUGCUCUGCCAAAAAGCACACAAAUGCUCCAAUUACCAUUCCAUUGUGUCCCUUCGCCCUUGCAUGGGGCGUAUCCAGCCACAUAACAAAUACUAUAAACUGUGCUUUCCGUGUUAUAAAAACCUGCACUUCACCAAGCAACAUGGAAACAUUUCCCACAAAUUGUUUCUGUUUCUCACAAGUGAAAGCAACAACCUGAUAAACCUGAGGGAGAAAGUCUAUGUGGAUUAAUUAUAUUUUUAGAAAUAUUCAAAUAAACCUAACCUGUAAUUGCAACUCAAAGAUUUACAAGUUAUGUUUUUAGAAGGAAAACAGAGCAGGAUCACUCUUUAGAAGUCGGCAUGCCUACUUUUUAACGUAAAAAUUAACUGUUUAAAAUGUAAGUUUGAGUUUUUCCCUUCUAUUUUCUUUACAACAGUCACUGUUAAAGUAGGUUUCAAAAGCAAUUUCCCCCAAAACGUUUAGCUUGCCAUUGGGGCAAAUUGACUAAAAUCCUUCUGUUAUUUAUCUCCCUUGAGUAACUCUUUGGUGUGUGGGUCUGAAAACCAAGUUCAUUCAAUAUUCAUAAUAUGAAUGAUUUUAAAGUAUAAUGUACAGCCCAAAGUAGAGUUGCUGAGGAAGGUUCUUCUAAGGCUGCAAGUGGAGUUAAUACUUCACUGUUUGGAAACAGGCAGCUAAUAGAUUUCCUGUUUCCUGCUUGGCAGGGGGUUGGAUUGGAUGGCCCUUGUGGUCUCUUCCAACUCUAUGAUUCUAUGAUUCUAUAAUAGAUGGCUGAAUAGCUAAAGCAAGGAACAGGGCAAGAGAACAUAAUGUGAGGGACAUAUCUGUAGUCUUUGAUCAACUCAACCUUAGCCCUCAGUGCUAUGGAGUGAAUCCAGAAAGUCCCCUCCAUGAAUGGAAGGGAUUCCAUUCAUGGAAGGCAUCCAGAUCCACCAGAAGCUCCCUUCCUGGAGGAAGGGAUGGAGAAGGCAAAUUUGCCAGUUGCCCCUUUCCCUUGUAGCCCGCCAUGCGUCUUCUCAUUCUGUUCUGGAGAGUCCUCUGCCCUUCCAGAAUGGACUUUGAAGGAGCAUGAAAGGAGGAAAUUGCAGACACUGUUUCCCUGCAAGGGGAAUUAUGCUGAGUGCAGGUCUCUGAGUUAAGUGCAGCCCUGUGCAAUUAACCCAGAAGUUAAGUCCAAGGGCGUUAAGAAUGUAAGAAUUUCCUUGCUGAGUCCUGCAUUCGGUUUCCUACAAUGUUUAGUUGUUCUUGCAAGCCAGAUAGGACAUGAAGGUGACGGGCUUCCCUACAACAUGUGGUUUUCAGAGGUACACUGCCUCUGAACAUGAAUGUUCCAUUUUGCUACCCUGGCUGGUAGCCGUUCAUAGACUUCUUCUCUAUGAAGCCGUCCAAUUCUCUCUCUCUUUUUGAAAUUCAUCCCAGAGGCAGCCACCCACAAAUCCUUUGGUAGUGAUUUCUGCUCUAGUUACAUGUUGUAAACAGGACACGCCAAGUAAGUGUGGAUAUCAUUGCAGUUUCAUUGAGUUCGGCCUGAGUGACUGUUGCAGUAUUGGGCACCUAACUGGCAGCAUGAUCUGCCAUAUUUUAUGCUAUAGCCCAAUGGAGCAUUUUACAAUACUUUUUAUGUCUUGGUUACAUGUACUGCUUAUUCAUCUGCAUGAAAGAGAAGGCAUUAGGAAAAAGCAUUUCUUAAAAGUUUUACAAGUUCCUUUUAUGUCCUCAUUAAAGUAUUAAUUGUCAUGAAUGCACUGAAAUAUGUAGAUCUAGACUAGAAUGCUCUUUAUUCUCUAGUAACAUUAUCGACCAGACCAUUUAACUGCUUGAAGAUAUUUGCAUUUUAUGGUGGGUCGCUGCAAUGGCACUCAAAUGUAUUUUCCCUAGUAAAUGAGAUUAUGCUUUUAGCAUUUCAGAAAGAAAAUAAAUUAGUUUUAAAGCCUUUUGGGAACUCCCCCCCUCCCCCCAAGUCUUCUUUGACAAUCUAGUAAAAAGGAAAUAUCCACACAGUAGAAAGAAUCCUAAACCUGCAUUAUCGUCUCAGACUGCAAAAUUACUUUUGCCUACUAGUCCAUUUGGCAGUCUUUUUUGUUAUGCUGUCUGGUAAAAAUGCUAUCUGAAUGGUGCCAACUUCCUUAAGUUUUACUUGUUGGUGCCUGCAACUGGUUCACACUCAGACGAUGCCUACACAAGAAAUAACUAUGGUGUGUUUUAUCAGUGGUUUUCUUAAUUCGUACUCAUAGCAAAGUGAAGCACCGAUAAGGAACGGUUUACAUUGGGCUUCACCUAGUUUAUUAUGGGUGCAGAUCCCACAUCUCCCACCUGGCCAAGAAAUGCAAGAUCUGAGAAUGCGUUCUUUGGGCAAGCAGAGCUGGGAAGGCUAGCCAGAGGUAUAGCACAGAGGUGUCCAUCCCUUGUAAUGGCCCUUAGUGUUGCCUCCAUAUGUGCAAAGGGAACCAGCACUGUUAGGUUCUGGGGUGGUGAUCUCUCCGCAUGCGAACACUGUUCCCAUAGCGGACUGAAUUGAGCCCAUAGCACAGUAGCACAUUUUCAGUUCGGGUGAAUGCCUUUUUAAAAAUUGUGUUUCUUUAAAUGCACUGUUUAAAAGAAAAAAAAGAAAAACACUGGUUAUUACAGAUUUAGCCUAUGUAAACAUUCAAAGCCUACGUUAUUUCGUCCUCCACCCUACAUUGGUUUUCUUUAAAAAAAAGCUUAAUGUAGACCCAAAUAAAUAAGGCUAUGGCUACAAUUCUGUGCACAUUAACCGGUAACUUUGGGAGUAAGCAGCACUGAAUUGUAUGAAUUACGCCCAUAGGAAUAUGCAAAGGAUUGAGCUGCAUGAAUAAUUUUCUGCUUUUAACAUAAGACCUUAUUACGAUCCUGUUACGCUGCUUCUUAUACCAAUCAGUCUAUAUACAGGUAUUUAAGAGUGUUUUAAGAAUGUGCCACCUUGUUUCCAUUUUAAAGCAUUUGAGGGUUGGCUAUAUUUUUCCGGGGGUGGGGCUGUCUUGAUAUGAUGGCCUUAGCAUACAUCUGCAUACAGAUUUUAAAAGCAGACAAAUGCAUUGGUUGCAUUCUUGUUGCUGGCAGGGCAUUUGUGCCAAUUGGGGUGCUGCACUAACAAUUGAAUCGAGUAUAUCAAAGUUACCUUGUUACAUGGAUUGUUUCCCUCUGC